UAAUUACGAAAUCAUUGAUAUUUAAUUUUUUUUCUUUUUUAAAUUACAUGAAUAAGCGACAAUAUUGAUACGAAACUACAAAAUUGCAUUGCAUUAUUUGUUGUGGAGAAUGGUCACCGUACGAUGUUGUGGAGAACUCGUCACUUAAAACGGCGACUUGUUUUGAUUUUGUGUUUGGGAGGCAGUUUUAUAUUUUUCUUAUCUAACAAAAUAGCAAAGAGCUCUAAGCUUGUACCAGAUGAUUAUGAAAUCAAGCACACUUUGUUAAGACAACCCUUUGAAUGGCAGCCUAAGAUUUCAGAAGUACAGUUGGGGGAGGGAAAUUCUACAAAGAAACAAGUAUGCAGGAAUUCCAUUCAGGGAAAGAGUAUCAUUGUGGAUGAGAGAGGGUUUGUGUGCAACCGUACAUCAGUGGACUCGCAUGGCUGUUGUAAUGUGAAAGUGCGACCGAGAUCAACAUCAAAGCAUCGCUGUGAUACCUGUCUGAAGAAUGCCUGUUGUGUUGUGUAUGAAUAUUGUGUAUCUUGCUGCCUAAAACCAGAUAAGAGACCACUACUGCAGAAGAUUCUCACUAAUGCACGUGAGGGAUUAGACAUUGCUCUGGGUUCUGUGUCUGAUCACUUUGAACUCUGUUUGGCCAAAUGCAGAACAUCUUCCAUGAGUGUGCAGCAUGAGAAUUCUUACCGUAAUGCAUAUGCCAAGCACUGCUAUGGAGAAAACCCUCCAGAGCUUCAAGCUCUAGUGACUUAGUUGGCUAUUUGGAUCUGUGUUUAAUUUUUUUUAUUAUAUGAACAAUAU